CCUGAUUAAUUUUCAAUAGUUUAUCAACUGACGUGGUACUGCAUGGUUAAAAACACCAAAUUUCAUAUUUUUGAUAAUGCAAAGCAUCCAUAUCAAUAUUGUUAAAUGGAUAAUAGAAGAAAUUGGCAUUUAAAUUAUCAGUUAAAAUAGUCCAGUUUAUAAAUUGUCAUUACGCCGUUUUUUAUUAGACCCCGCAAGUUGAGUCAAUUGAUUCUUUUGAAUGAUCAAUAUGAGUAUUAUAAACUGGAUUUAUAAAACACUUGGCAUUGAUAACUCAAGCUCCUCUUUUGAUGUACCUUCAGAAUAUAAAUUAUCAACUAAAGAACCAGAUUUAAAUAUGAAUUUUGGGCAUAAUGAUUUUGAAGAAGACUCUUUUGAAAACAAUUUGAACAAGUUAUUCCAUUUAAGCUUUGAAGAAAUAUUAAAACAAUUUGAAGCAGAAUUAGAAUUUUCAGAUAUAAAUGAAAGUAUUAAAAACAAUGACUUUUUAGAUCAAUUUAAUGCAAAAAAAGAUUAUUUUAAUCAAGUCCCUGAUGUAAUAGAGUACAAUACCAAUAAAAUACCAAAAAAAAAUUUUCUUGUGAGGAAUUAUUUUCUCAAGCAAAAUUCAGUUUCAAACAUUUUGAAUGAACCUCCAAUUAGAGAAACAGUAUCACCUCAAUUAUAUUUUGGACAGUCAAGCCCUAGUUCUAGUUCUAGCACUAGGACAUUUAUUUCUGGUAACUAUAAUGGCAGAAGAAUAGAAAAAGAAACUAGCUCUAAACAAUUACAAGGUGGAUUAAUUGAAAAAGUAAUUGUUAUGAGGGAUGGAAAUCAGAAAUGUGUCACAACAAUAAUAGAAAAUGUAAAAACAGGAGAGCAGAAUUGCCAAAAAAAUUUAGUCAAUUUGGAUGAAAGUCAGUUAAAUGAAUUCGAAAAUCGUUUCUCAAAAUUUAAAUAGUAUAAAUUAAUGAUAUUAAAAAAAAAUGAAAUUAAACGAGUAUAAGAUU